CCAAUACAUAAACCUUUGCUACUGUAAUACUUUUCUCUCUUCGUGUAUCAUUUGGAUUGCUCUCUCUCUCUCUCUCUCUCUCUCCCUUCUUAAAGUGUCAAAAUUCUGCAAAUGACGCGUUUCAAUGGCGGCGAGCACCACUUUACAGCCCUUCCUCUAUCUCCUCUCGUCUAAAUAACCCACCACCACGUCCACUCAACCAUCACUCCGAACCACCACUACCCAUGUCCCCACUCCUCCUCCUCCUCUUCACCACUCUCUCUCUUCUCCUCCUCCUCUUGAUCAUCAUCACCUUCUCUCUCCACAAAAGACUCAAGAAAACAGAGCAACAACAAACCUCGAGCUCAACAACCCAAUGCUACCCAUCCAAAUCGGACCCGACCCAUUUGAUCCAUUCGAAUUCGGACCCGACUCAUUUGACCCACUCGCUCCUCCUCGAGAUCUUACCCCCCAAUUCCCCAAAAUGGGACACUCUGUUCAAGAACUGCGAAAACCUGGUUCGAGAUGAGCCGGGUUUGGAUUUGGAGAGGGUCGGGUCGGAUUGUGGGGAGAAGAAGAGGAAGAAGAAGAGGGCGAAGAAGAAGCGACCCGAUUCGAAACCCGAAGACGACGGCGGGUUAGGAGAGAAGAAGGAGGAAGGGUUGGUUUGCUUGUACCCGUUUACGACGUCGUCUAGUGCGACGCAGAGGAGGAUUAAGCAGCAGUAUGAUCAGCUUGUCAAGUGUCAUGAAUCUGAUGGGUUGACACUGGCUCAGGUUGGACAAUUUGUUAAUUGCUUGAUUGAAGCAAGAAAUGAGCUACAGCACAAGUCUGACGCUUUACAGCGUAAGUUCACAAUAACGAAGGCUCUACUAUUUAAGGCAGAUAGGUCUUCAUUUGACCGCUUCCGUCAACAGAUAUACAAGUUAGAAUUAGAACAAAAGAGAUUAGAAGAGGAUGCAUUUGUAUAUAACUGGCUCCAGAAACAACUCAAGCUCUCACCGGCAUAUAAGAAGAUGCUUGAAAUCGGUGCAUACAUGGAAUUACAAGCAAAAUCUGGUGAGCUGACAGAAAGUGCAGAUUCCGAGUUUGAAGAUACUAUUUCAUUCGAAGAACUAUUAGCACAAGAAAAGAAGGAUUCGUUCUGGCAGAAAAAUGGGAAACCUCGAACAUGCUCGGGCUAAUGACGAAGUCUUUCUUCCUAACCUUACUCGUGGCGUUCUCUAAUAACAAAUGUGCAUCCAAGACCCGGAAAUAUGCACCCAUUGCUGGAUUUUUACCACGUGCUUUGGUGGUUUUGUCUUUCGAAUGGCAAUGUGGUGCGCAACUUUUUGUGUUCUUUUUAGGGUUUUACCCAGCGGAAGCUAAUAAAAUUCCGCUUGUGGUGAACUUGACCAUGUUCCAUCUUCUGAUAUAAUUCUAUGUUGCUAAUUACUUAUUGUCUA